AUGGCUGAUGCCGCCAUAUCGCCGUCACCACCAGUGACGACGGAGAGAUUGGUGACGGAGGACCAGGUGCGGGCAGCCCUUACGACAGACAAAGGCGCCGCCGCACAACUCACCGCCUGGAAGGUCGUGGACUUUACCAAGAAGGGCGACAAUUAUGCCUCUGUAGUGACCAGCGUCGAGGUGAAGUAUGAGCUUGACGGCAAGAGCUCUGAGGUGGCUUAUGUGUUUUUUCCUCGAUAUCGCACCUCAGAUAAACUCAGUAUUAAAGAGAUUGGCCACACAGAUAUCAACGUUCCCAAAUGCUUCCAUGCAAGUCUGGAGGAAGGAAAAGAAGUGAUCUUCCUUGAGGACUUACGAGCUAGAGGCUACAAAAUGGCUGACCGUAAACAAGGGUUGGACAAGGCUCACACUACCCUUGUACUGAGGGAGCUGGCCAGACUCCACGCCGCCUCCUUGCUGCUGCAGAACAGGACUCCUUACGGAGACAUUGCAGAAAAGUACCCUCUUUUAAAAAUUAGUUUACCGUAUUUCAUCAGAAAUUAUGAUUCACUGUUGAAUGUGUACAAGGAAAGUGCAAAACUCUCUCAAACUAUCAUAAAAAAAGUGGAUGGGUAUGAGAGAGUAAUUGCCUGGAUAGACACAAUCAUCCCCAACUUGAGGGAUAUCUUCUCCGAGCAGAUGGAACACGUGGUGCCGAAGGUGGUGUGUCACGGAGACUGCUGGAACAACAAUUUUCUCUUUAAGUACAGCGAGACCGGCCACCCCGAGGACGCGAUGCUCCUUGACUUCCAGCUAACAAGCUUCAAUGUUCCUGCCUUGGAUCUCAACCACUUCUUCUAUACUAGUAUGACGGGGGACGUCAGGAAGCCCAACAUUGAAGCCUUCCUUGGCUUCUACUACACCACUUUCAAGGACGUCAUGGAGGCUGGCGGCAAGACAGUACCUUUCACGCAUGAGCAGCUCCUCAAUGACUUUAGGGACGGGAACCUCAUUGGUUUAGCAUUCGCUAUGAUGUUUGUACCGCUCGUGCUCUUUGAGACUGAAGAUGAAGUAGAUACUUCGAAAGAGAAUGAAGAAGAUAUGUCAGAAAUGUUUCAAGAAACAAGAGAAAAGGCGCUGGAAAUGAUAGACACAAAUCCACUUGUAAAGCCAAGAUUUUUGUCUGUUUUCGACGAAAUGAUCGAACUAGGAAUUAUACCAUAAGAGAGAGAGAGAGAGAGAGAGAGAGAGAGAGAGAGAGAGAGAGAGAGAGAGAGAGAGAGAGAGAGAGAGAGAGAGAGAGAGAGAGAGAGAGAGAGAGAGAGAGAGAGAGAGAGAGAGAGAGAGGUGAGAGAUAUGCGUGGAAAAAAAAAUAUGAUAAUGGACGAUGAUUAACAGAAUUUCAGUUUCUCUAGCAUUUAUUUAUAAAUUGUAUUGCUAUAUAUAAUGAAUAUAUGUUUUUUUUUUAUUCAGAAUUACAUCAAAUUUCAACACAAUGUACACGGAAGAACGUGCUUGUUCUUUCCCAUACACAUACACACACAGAAACAUACACAUACACACACACACACAGAAAUACACACACACACACACACACACACACACACACACACACACACACAAACACACACACACACACACACACACACACACACACACACACACACACACACACUUCCACCACCACCACUACCACCACUACUGUCAAACAACAACAAAAGGAGCCAUUCUUGGGCUCGAAAUCUCGUCCUUCAGUCAACGUCGAGUUUCCUGAAAGAUCCCUCGAUACCAAAGAGUUCAGCGGAGGUCUUUGGCUUGCCUGGGCGCUUAGACUCGUCCACACAGUACUUCUCGUCCUCCAGCAGCCAGUCGCGGCGGGCGUCAAGGCGCUGCAGCCAGUAGUCUGUGUGAUGCAGGCAGGAAGUGAUUUAAGUGAAAGUAAAUGUAAUAACCAGCAAAAAGAAAGUAAAUAUAUAUAUAUAUAUAUAUAUAUAUAUAUAUAUAUAUAUAUAUAUAUAUAUAUAUAUAUAUAUAUAUAUAUAUAUAUAUAUAUAUAUACAUACUCUAUUUUUUUCACAUUUUUUAUAUACGAGUGUGUGAUGCGUUGCGCUUUGCAUAUUAUCAAAUGAGUAUUCCUGCAUGCAUACUAUAUAUGUUUUUCCAAUUAUCUGUUAGAAUUACUUGUUACUAGAUUUUAGUCAUUCAUUACGUUUGUUUUUUGUCACUGAAUUUAACUGCUGUUGAUAAACUAAGAAGCUCUUAGGUGUAUUUAUGCAAAUGCUUAGUCGUCUCGUACUUUUGAUUUCCUCCACGGUGCCGUUGGUGCCUCCAUAUUCAACAGGCAGCAUCUCCCUCGGCACCUGCUUGUACAGGCUCUCCAUGUCGCUGCCGUGGAUGUGAACCUGUAUAAGAGAUACCAGGAGGCCUUUGCUUACUAAUCGUCGUACCCAGAUGAAAUGUUUGUGAUCCUUUUACAUCUUCGUGGCCUUGAGGAAUCCUCUGAUCUAUAAUAUCAUAAGUUUUCCCUCUAUUUGGAUACAUUUUCUCUGGUCUUCUUUCCUUCUUUUCAGGAUUGUCUAAUGUAUUUUCAUUAUCUAUUGAUACGGGAAAGACAUUACUUACUCUUUUCUUCAUCUUCUCCUUCAUGAAUGACCUGAAGAUGUUGAACACCGUAUCGAAGGCUGCGGGUGUGUUGAUGUAGUUGAGUCCCUUGGGCCGCAUUGGGUAGCCGUCCUGCAGGAAGGUUUAUCACUUUGAUGCAAGCCCUCGAGAUUAUUGUCAAAUUGUACUGCAGUUCUCGUAGUGUUUUAACUUUGUUGUACAUUCUUUAAGUAAACAAAACUUAUAUC